AUUGUCCAAGGGGCCACAGCACCCAGCACCUUGCAGGCCCCAGGCUCUGCCUGGUUGCUUCCCUCUGUCAGGUAGACAGGUGUUAGUACCAAGCCAACAAGCAAUCCAAGGACUAGCUACUCCCAAAAGCCUUAGGCUGCUUCAUCCUCCUCUUCCUGAGGUGAGAAAAGAGGCAAUACAGACCUGCAUCAUACCCAUUGCUCUGACCAGGGCCUGACACCCCAGCCCGGUGUCAUACAGCCUGUUGGCUUACAGUGGGAGCGAGGACAAGACAACCUGAAAUAACAGCCAGGGAGCAUACCAAGUUUCACUGUUGGCUGUGAGACUGCUGGAGCAGGCAUGGCUACAGGGGUGAGCCAUUUAGUAGCUACCAGUUCUUCACAGAGACUCAUUUGGCCAUCCGGUGGGGCUGAGCCUCUUCCUUCCUGUACACCAUUGCCUUUUAUUUCCCUCAAGUUCUGCCCAAGCUUCUGCCUCCAGUCCUACAUGCAACAAAAGUCCAGGCAUGCCUUCAAAAUGGCUGCCCACAGGAAAGCCAAAGAGCUGCUUGAUUGAAGCAGUUGCUGUGGUCUCCCUUGUGCUCCCAGUAAUAAGGAUUAUCAUAGGUAGAGAGAGCAGAGUGUGUAAUGUAGUCUUUAACUGGGAGCUGACAAGAUGACUCUGUCAGUAAAGGUGUUUGCUGUGCAAGCUUGGGGACCUGUGUUUGAUCCCCAAAACUUGAAGGAGAGAACCAACUCCAGAGUUGUCCCCUGACCUCCACACGUCAUGUACAUGACACAUGCAGUCCCUUCCCCCACAUCAUACAGUAAUAAAUCAGCCUUUUAAUAAACAUAAAAAGUCCUUACCUAAGCUAAGCCCUGACUUUAAGGGAUUGGCAGCCAAAUUGCCAGAGGCUGUUUGUCACCCAAGGAGCAGAUAGCUGUAUCCCUUGAGUUGACUAGCUGAUUUUUCAGGCCCUUUUAGAUAGCAAUAACAAGAAAUGUCUGUGUUUGCAUAAAGAGGGAUCAUGUAUCAGGGGAGCCCUGGACUGUACCCUGUACAUUUUGGUUCAUCCUGGGAGCAUCUAGGUCCUUCAGUGUUCAGCAGAGCUUGGGGUUGCAGACCAAGGAAAGAAGUAAGACUUUAGACAGCAGAGUCAAAAGAGAUGGUAACUGUGGGUUGUGUGAGCACUGAGGGCUAGAUAGGUGGUGGAGAGGGAAGUGGUGCCUCAGGUUCUAAGUUCUAGAAUCUGCUCCAAAGACCCCCCAUGGCCAAACUGCAUGGUGGAUGAGCAGCUGUCUCUGUUUAGUGUCUAGCAGUUAAGGACCGUCCUUUGCUCAGCAUCCCUUGCUCAACAUCAUUGCUUGUUGUCUGUGGCUGAAGCAGAAGGCAUUAUUGGUCUUCAUGAGAUCACAGAGGCUGUUGCACAGGCCCCGCCCACUUCCUAGACCCUGGUUCUCUCUGCCUCCAUGCCAAGUUCUAAAUGUCCUGGGUCAGGGAGCUGUGGGAGCUCAGGGCUGGGCACCUCCCACGCCCCUGCAGGAGCAAGCAGGACAUGAAGAUUAUAGGCCUCUUUCCUCCUCUUCCUACUUGCCCUGAAUGCCCCCACUGCAGCUGUGGUGGCUCUUGGACUCUGACUACCUCAAAGACCCAACCUGGAAAGAUGCGGGCUGGUGGUGCCUGCCACCCAAGUUGGAGGCUGGAGGUGUGGGGGUGAGUGGAGGACUUGUAUUUGUGUGCCUAUGGCACAGCCUGGAAGUGAGUUCCCAAGCCUAAGGUGAGGUUCUAGUUCUGAGCCACCUCAAGAUGCAAAGGCCCUUUUUAUGGGGAGGAGCCAUUGCUGUCGUCAGUGUGCCAAAACCCCAAGAACCUGCCAACCCAAUCCUGAAGUUUCAGUGACCCAUACUAGCCUGUCAGCAGGUUUUAGAAUAGGUGGGAGAGGCAGUGAUGGGGCCACUGGCCAGCCCUCAGAUUUUGGGAUUAUGGCCUCUUCUCCAAGGCCCAAUUUAACCAUCUCCCUAGGGCAUGGAGAUUUUUAAGAACCUUCUGGAAGUACAGAAACCCCAGAGAUAGCUAGGAGAUCCUAGAUACAGAUUGGGGAGUUAAGAUAAGGCACUUAGAGGGUAUAGAGAAGACCCCAAAGAUCCCUUAUCUGCCCAGAGGCCUGGCUCAGCCCCAUCUGGUUCUUUCCUAGGCACCAAGGGGGUUACUUGCCCUCUGCCCUCCUUUUUGUCUGACCCUGCUAGUCUCUGCCCGUCUACAAGACUCCAGAAGCCUUAGCACCUGCGAGUGCACUGGGAAGGAAGCCCGGCCCCGAGAGCAGGGCCCAGGAGGAGCAGUCAACAGUGAGGACUAUUGACCACCAUGACCCUUAGGAAGAGGUCAGCACAUACACAGACAUGGGAGUUCCCCGUGGAGUCCCAGGGCAAGCAGUCCCUGCCAGAACCGACUCUAAAAGAGUCCCCGCCCAAGGACUCUGGCCUCAAGGCAGUUCCCACCACACAUACUCUCUAUGUGGGCCACCUGAAUCCCCAGUUCUCUGUGCCCGUGCUUGCCUGCUUACUGAGAGAUACCCUAGAGCGGCUGGAGCUGCCAGUGGCCCGUGAACACAUUGAGGUAGUAAAACGGGCACGGAACACUUACGCACUGGUACAGGUGGCUGCCCCCAAGGCUGCCCUGGCCUCCCUCCCCUGGCGCCUGCAGAUGGCCUUGGAAGAGCAGUUAAUCAUCAAAGAGCUCACAGCCCGUGGCAAGGAGCUGGUGUUUAGUGAGGGCUUGGAAUCUCUGAACCGCAGGGAGCAGGAGGACAGCGGUCCAAGCCCAAGCCACAGCCCUGGCACCAGCCCAGGCACCAGCCCUGGCACCAGCCCAGGCUUCAGGUGCCCACCGCUGCCCAAACUGGCAGACCCUUCCCCUAACUGCUGCUGGGCUGGGCAUCGGCAGACCUCUCAGAACCGACCCAGUGGCGUGCGCUCUGACAGUGCCAUUGUGCACCAGGAGAUCCUGGGCCAGGAGCAGCUAUUCCAGGGUGCCUUCCUUGGCAGUGAGACACGGAACAUGGAGUUUAAGCGAGGCGGCGGUGAGUACCUGAGCGUGGCCUUCAAGCACCACGUGCGGCGCUACGUGUGUGCCUUUCUCAACAGUGAGGGUGGCAGCCUGCUGGUAGGCGUGGAGGACAGUGGCCUGGUGCAGGGCAUCCACUGCAGCCACCGUGACGAGGACCGCACACGCCUGCUGGUAGACUCCAUCCUGCAGGGCUUCAAACCCCAGGUCUUUCCGGAUGCCUACACCCUCACCUUCAUCCCUGUCAUAAGCACCACAGCCAGCACGCCUCUCAAGGUACUCCGCCUGACUGUGCAUGCCCCCAAGGCACAGUGUGAGCCACAGCUGUACGAGACAGACCAUGGGGAGGUCUUUCUAAGGCGUGAUGGGAGCAUCCAGGGCCCGCUGUCAGUUGGUGCCAUCCAGGAAUGGUGCAGGCAGAAAUGGACAAUGGAGCUGGGCAAGCUGGAAGAGAAAGUGAAGGUGCUAACGGUGGAAAAGGAGCAGCUUCAGCAGCAACUGAGGCAGCGCCGCCGGCUCAUGACCUGCAGCUGUUGUGUCCUGUGAGGCUGUGAGGAAGAUGUGGGCUAAGGCCUGGAUUACAACAUACCUCAGCCACCCCUCUUCCUUAGCACUGCAUGCACAGGAGCCAUGUGGCUUCGCCUCAGAGCAGGCACAGUAACAUAGCUAAUAAACAGCUCUUGGCACAUCCCCAAGGGACCUUGCUUUGAGAAAACAUGGCUAGGCAUUCUACAGCUGAGCUCUAAGGGACUGUAACUCAUAUUCCAACUAAAUGCACCUUUUGCCUAAGCCAAUUCCAGUAGGCUAGGAAUUCUGUCAACCUGGAAAGGCCACUUGCAGCCACCAAGACCUACUGAGUUAGAGGGCACAGGCUACCCUGCAGCUCUCACCCAACUUACUAGAAUUUGCUUGUCAUCACUCCUUAUGUACUGGAAUGCCUGGUUAUUUCUAAGACACUGGUCAGCCAGCCAGAGGCUGUUGCUUCACAAGUCUCAUGGCCAGCCCUCAUCUGCUUAGGAGCCAGAGCCCACUCAGAUACCACAGCUCAGCAAGCCACCCAGCACCCACUGCAGCUCUGCCCUAACACCAAGCACGUGGGGCAACAGUGCCUACGUCUGCCUCAGUGGGCAAGGGGCAUUUUUGUCACAUUAUAUACUGUUAUCUGCUGGCUGUGGCAUGAGGGGCAUAGCCAAACUACUGCCUCCUCAUUAACUAGCACAAAAGCCAGAGCUGGAUCCUGCCCCACCUGCCCUGUCCACAUCCAUUUUACCACAAGAAAGCCACCUGUUCUAGCUGCUCCUGCUGCCCCUUACACCAGCCAUUUGUGCCACAGCAACCAACCCACCUCACCUCUAUACUGAAUGCUCCUCUGCCUAAAGCCUUCUUCCUUCAGAGAUGUAGCACUUAGCUUCCCCUCUAGGCUGCCCUUGAAUUUGUGGCACUCCAGGCUUCAAUAACCCCCACCCCCACCACCCUACUUACCACCGCUUGUGGCACCAAGGUGCUUGGAUUACAGGCAGGAGCAACUAUGCCCAACUUCUUUUUUUUUUUCCUUUUCCAUAGCAAUGUCAUAGUUUCUCCCACUAGGUCAGGCUGCUGUCAGGUUUAGUCUGUGCUCAGAACACACACAGGCAAUGUGGUAGGUGCCUAAUAAUUCCCUAAUGAGAUAAGAGAACUCUUAAAUUUGGGCUCUGACCUACCAGAUAAUCAGAGUACUGACACAGCAUUGUACAAGACAAGGGCCUCCAUGAAAGUGUUUAGUUAUCAGCCCUCUUUUCCGUGAGCUUGCUGGCUACACUGGGAGUAGACACCUAAGAAAAGGAUCGCGAGUGCUAUCAGGCAUUGUUUCCUCUUUGAUACAUGUGCAGACACAAACUAGUUUUGAAAAUCCAGUUCCCAUGCCCCACUCAACAGAUACUAGACGACCCCUAGACCCCUUACUGCUCAAGACCCAACUUUCCCAUGUAUCAAACAGGAUAGAACCCCUACCAACAUUCACAAUACUUCCAGGAACCAGACAUGAUCAUAAAUGUUCAUGACAGCUCACCAAAUUCCCUUUACUCACACACUGGUGUCCCCAGGGCUACAUGAAGAAUGUACUUCUGAGGCUGUGGCUCAGUAAUAGAGCACUUCACUAACUAGCAUGAGUAAAGUCAUGGGAUCUAGCCCCAAGAAAGUAAAAGAAUGAUUAAGUAAAGUCAUUUCUCAAGAAGCCAGAGGAGAAUGUUUGUGGGUACCACCCACCCAUGUGCUAAGUACCAUGCUAGACUCUGGUCCAGGUAGCACCAUCCUCAGAAGUACUUUCUCUGGAAGCCGGUUUUUGCAAAUACAGGUGGGCACAGAGAACACUGCUGCCACCUGCCCUUGUCCCCUAAGUCUGAGGUCAGCACACCAAGGACACAAGGGUAAAGCUUCUGAGCACUGGUAGUCACUGGGCAUAGAACACUGCCUUCUAGCACCAGCAAGCAUCAUUCUUGUCAGCAUGACAAACUCUGGAAAGCCAUGUGGGAUUCCCUUUUGCUGACAGGUUUUACAGGUAGCUAGCAUGUAGCAAUUGGUCAAUAGCAAGGCUAUCUUUGUCAGGAGAAAAACAUAGGGAUGCCUCUUCCAAACCACUCCACACCCAGCCAAGCCCUCAUUACUGUGGCAAGAGUGGUUUGUCCCUCUGGGAAACACUGCUUCAGUGUGGGAAGUGAUGGGACUACUGGGUGGGAAGAGAGAAGUAGAAUCAUCCACAAGCCAGACAGAAUCCAUAUAGAAGUAAACCUGAGCUCAUAGACAUGAAAGCAAAGACAGGAUGCUUUUGAUAGGAAUUAGAAGGAUAGGGCUCUGGGUCUCAAAGGUGACUGUGGCAUUAGACCAGGGAAUGAGAGAGGAGUCUGAAGUAGGAGUUAGGCAAACAGGUAAGACACAUUUUCCUUCCCAAGCCUCCAUGUCUCAACUUGUAGCAAGGCCUGUAGCCCAAGUGAGUGGAUGCCAACACCCUACAAAUUGACUUUAGAAAGACCCCUACCCCUAUGACCUUGAACUUCUGGGCCUGAACUCUAGAGGUCAAGAAUGAGUACAGAAUGGGAGAGAAAGCAGACCAGCUGUUUAAGACAGCCCAUGGUCACCUGGCUGGUUCCAUGUAUGAAGUGUCCUGUCUGUAGUGGGCAAAGGAUCUUGCAGGCAGCCAUGCUUCCUUCUCGUAGCACACAGCACCAAUUGACUUUUAAUCCCUUGGCACAUGAUAUGUCAUGACAACCUAAUUGAAACCUUGCUGAAAAAUCCUAAUAGCUACUAAGGCUUACAUCGUAGUUUGACACUCACUCAGACUGCUCACUGAGGCUGGCCCAAAAGAAGCCCUGGCAUUGAAGCCCAGUGCCCAUGGAAAAGCACCCCAGGCAGUGAGAGAAGAAGAAAGUACACCGGUGGUUCUGCAUUAUUUAUUGAGUUAGGAGUAUACAUGGAGCCAGCCCACCACACUGUAGGCACAUGGCCAUGCCCACUAUGUCACAAUAAGAAAAUAACUUCAAAUUGCAUUUCAACUGUAUAACACCAUUCUGGAAGAAAAAAAUACCCUCAAAUCAAAUGCUGCAUACACAAGAGAGGGCUUCAGAACCAGUUACCCUAAGAUUCCUUGUUUCUUGACCCCUUGAUACAAGGAGUAUACUCAGCCCCAGGAAUACAAAGUGUAGCCAGAGACCCAGAGUUUUUAUGUGACACUUUAUAGACAGACCUUGUGUGAUGUACCGAAGAACCAAACAUCCCUCUGGAUGGUGAAGGUCAAUCACAGCUGGCAUCAAGUCCCCUACAACUCAGCAGCACUGAGAUUCCAACAACACCCACAGUUAGCAGUCUAGCACUGGAAGCCCUGGCACCCAGGGAAAAAACAGCAACUCACUCAAACGACAGUGAUUCAAGUGGCUGGAAAGAUAAACAAGGUGGUUGGUGGCCUUUAACCAGCCGCUGGCCACUAUCAGGUCCCAUCCAGAGUCCUGCUUCCCAAUCUCAGAAACAAACCUCGAAGGAAUUGUCCCAUAAAUACACAUAUUGCAGGAUCCAGUAUAAAUGAUGGGACAUGCAAGUGACAAAAGUUUUCCAAAUACCUUUUCCCCCAUAAUAAAAUAAUCUUAAUAAAAACAUAAUUUAAAAGAAGUGUCAAAAGCAGAGUGUAAAAUCAUAGCUGUAAACUAUCAAAAGUUGAAGGCUUUCUUGAAGAAUCAUCCUGUUUAAAAAAAAAAAAAGCUAGAAUUACAUGAUAUUUUUUAGAGAAGUGUCAGAACUUAGCUGCCAGCCCACACAAGGAAUAAGGCCUGUUCCUGUGGGAGAAUGACAGAAGCAAUUCCACAGAAUACAAUUCCACAGAAUCACACCUUCAACGCCUUGCAGCAACCUCUGUGCCUCAGUCACAUACAAGUACUCUGUCCACAGCACUAGCCUGUUUCAAGACUGCUGAUGGGUAGGCAACUCCCAAUGAGUGGCAAAUGGAGGAAUGUGGGCAUAUACACAUGUACGUACGCUAAUGUGUAGAGGACAGAGGUUGACAGGCAUCUUCUUGUCAAUCUCCAGCUUGCUUUAUGAAACAAUUUCACAAAGACUCUGCAGCUCACUGGUACAACUAGGCUAGUGGGCCAAUGAGCUCUUAGGGAUCUGUGCUACCUUUUUUUUAACUAAACCUUAAAAAUGUCACUUACCGGAUCAGUCCUGAUUUAUUGAUGGAAACUUCAGUUCAGUGAUUUCAGAGUCAGGGGAACUGCUCCCACUUCUGUCACUAUAAGUAUCCCUAUGGAAUUCAAAAGGUUUACUCAUUUCUCAUUAAACACUCACUUUACUUCCCCAUCUUCAUAACCAGUGUUAUACAGUGGUACGUGUCCACACAUGGUAACUACAUAUAUGAGGCUACAGAGGAAUUUCUUUCCUCUAGCUCCAAGAGAUACACCCCCCUCCCCAAUAUUUCACCAUUUAUAUGUUAACUACCAACUCAGAGCAACCAGUUUCAGACAUAAGUUAUAGAGCAUAAGCCCACCUGGUUGUGUCCUAAGCAGACAGGAUCUGCUCAGCAGCAAUAACAGAACCCAGAAACUACAAAGAUGAGGCCUGGCCUAAUGGCAGGAGCCGCCUAACAAAACCCCAGGGAAAGAACAGGAACCUUCACAGUAUAUUGAGUAGUGCGCAAUCACCUACACAAGGCCCAGGCCCUGGCACCUAUGGCUUUUUCUUAGUACUGUGUAAAGCCUCACUGUGAUGAGUUAGUGUGCCCACCUGGGUGAGAGUCGGCAACCUUUCUGAAGGUAAUGUGGGAGCCUCCCCACAGAGGCCAGAAGAAGGCCAAAGUAGGGAGGGGAGGGCUUGAUGGGCCUGGACAGGAACUCAGGGUGAUAUUGCACCCCAACAAAGAAUGGAUGAUCUGUAACAUUCAGAAGGAACAAUUAGUACUCUGUGCAUCAAGUGAAAAGAUGAGACAAAAAUAUAUAUAUAUUACUCAAGUGUAGGUAAAGGGAACCCCAGAUUAUCCUGUGACUUGCACAGGCUGAGCCACGCUGUUCACAUAAAAAUUGAGCCAGCUCUUCAUGCUGAGGGAAGUACCAUGGCUGCUGUGGAAGCCAGGCAUAGGGAUACACAUCCCUUCUUGGGAACCUUGUCAGAAGCUCCUCCCCAGACACUGCUGCCUUCUCAAUACCAAGUCAGGAGCAAAAGCAGCACACUUUCCUUUUUAUUGAGACAGUCUGGCUCUGCAGCCCUGGUUGACCUAGAACUCAUGAUCCUCCCCCUCAGCUCUCCUGGGACUGCAGGAGUGUGACACCACCACACCUGGGUGGCACAUUUUUCUAUUUUCCCACACCUGGGUGACACAUUUUUCCAUUUUCCCACACAAGGAAACUUCACUGUACUUUCUCCAUUUUAUCACUACCCAGACAGUCACCUUCCAAUUCCACAAUCUCCAUCCUCUCGCCUUCAACAUCUUGGCCAACAAACUUUAAGCCUUGCUCUUCCAAGCACUUUUUCAAGACUGGAUUCACCUGGUGGGACAGAAGAUCUCAUUGUUUUGCUUCUCCAUUAUUUUGUAGAGUAACAGAAGCAGCAGGCUUUUAGCCUCACCUCAAAUCGGUGACGGUGCCUCUCUUCCAAGUAGUCUACGUCUCCAUAGAGUUUCCCUGCAGAAAACCAAGCAGUUUCUAUGACUUCUGUCUGCACAAAGAGUCUAUGCAAACUACUAACUAUUUCCAGUCCACUCUUUCAUGUAGGUUACCAAAUUUGCUAGUCACGUUCUCCUGCUCUUGAUAUAAUUCCAAUGAAUAAUUCCUGGGGCUCUGGCUCCUCUGCGCAAAUCAAGAACCAUAGCAGGAACAAACUUUAACCACCUCCCUUGAACACACCAUUACUAAAUGAAAAGCACUGUGCUGCUGGGAACCAUCACAGGGACACAACAGGCCCUCCCAGAAAGCCAGGUCCCUAAGAACAGUGUGGGAAAGGGAAAUGAAAAGCUGGUUGGUACCUCGUAACUGGAUGAACAGGGACAGUGUAUGCAAAUGGGGUGCUUACUGACUCACUCCUCACUGCCUACUGAGACCCCAAACCCACAGAAGACCACAGUUGGAAGAACUUGAAAAUGGUACUCAUUCAUGUCAAACUAGUCUGACUGGAAUCCCCAAACAUGGGUACCUUUACCAAUGGUUAAAAGAGCAGUAUCCCCAUUAGGCAAAGAGUCUAAUAGGUUCAUUUUCUUAAGUCAUUCUUCUCCUCAAUUCCCCUAAGUUUUUAACCACAAUCAUUUUUUUGUUAGAAUAAAAUGUAUUUAAACUAUGUAAAAUUGUUUCCACAGUUCUAUUUACUAGUAUAAGAAAGUUACCACAGAUUGCAAUGGAUUUAACCUAAUGGCCUGUCUUAUUGAGGUCCUCACACCCAAGGACCCAGGUGCAUUAUCAGAGAACACCUGGCUAACAUAGUACAUCCUAAACAAGCAUAUGAGAUGAGAAGGAAAAAAAUGCAAAAGUAGGAACAAAACCAAGAAAAGGCUGGCCUGGCCCUUUGGAGCUGUAGCACCACCUAGCACACAUGUCCUGCAUAGACAAGGAUAAAAGCCAAGACUCAUGGGAAACAACUUACUCAUGACUGAAUUCUUGGUCUGGAACAGGGUUCUCCUCUUGCCCAGCCUCAUGGUUCCACCCAUCUGCCCAGGGUUAUGUUCUGGCAUGUCUAUAACCUAGAGAUGUUCAGAAAACAAGUCUGACCACCAAACUGCUUCUGUUAAAACCUGACCUCUUUCCCCAAGUGUAGCCCUCCAGGGGAGGAGCUCAGACUGUCUCAUGAUGCUGUCCCCUGCCCUAGUACCUGAGAUGCCAAGUACUGUGCUACGGCAUAGCAACAUGGACACAAGACUAGUCAUGACACAGCUAUGCCCUGGGUCUGAGAAAAGGAUACAAGACCAAGAGCCACUAGCAAGUCUGUAAACAGGGAGACUGUACCCAGAAAGGGGUGGUAGAGCUCACCUAUUGGCCCAACAUGCCUGAGCACCUUAUAAAACCCUCCUGACCUCUCUGUGCUCCACUCCCUCAUCCCAUCAUUGUUCUUACAUUAACAAAACUUCAACUUCAGAAGAAAUAUGCAGAUGCUAAGUCAAUGAAAUAAAAAACCUUGUCCACCUUGUCAUAGUGUCCUCAGUGACAAAACAGUCCCUCACACACAACCAAUGCUCAUCAGAUAUAGAAUACUGGAAAAACAAAUGCCUAUGCAUGCAUGUCACUCAUGGGCUAGGGAUUCAAAAACAAAGACACAGCCCUCCCAAGUGACCCUUAGUAGCACCUCAGGCCACAUGCCUCCAGGUAAUCAACAACAGGAGGAUUGUGAAAAGCUAUGCUUAGCACUAAAGAAAUCACCACCCCUUCCUUAGCUCAUCAACCCUGACCCUGUCUAUCUUCUAGGACUGACACUGGGAAGAACAUGAACUGUUAAAUAUAGAGCUCUGAGAAUAGUGGCUACCAUAUAGCAAGCCUCCACACACAACUCCUACCAGGAGCUGAGGGGAUGGAGAGCUAUUUCACUCAGGAACCUCCUCUUUCUGGCAGGGACCACACCUGUCUUUUAAAUACUUCCUAUGGUAACCUGGAAAGACUGGUGAGGAACUAGGUAAAAACUCAGGAAGUCCUUGUCAUGAAGCCUGAAGGGUCUGUGGGAUGCAAUGGCUCACUGCCUAUUACCAUCCCCUGCUUCACAUAUGUGCUUCCAGCCCUUUAAGCCCCUUAGAGGUUCAAACGCUUGACUCACCACAGGAUGACUAGUCUUAGGGUCAAACUCUGUAGAAUUGGCAUCUGAAAAGUUAAAAUAAUUGAGUUAUGAAAACAGCUAUAAACACUGGGCAGUGUUGGCGCACACCUUUAAUCCCAGCACUCAGGAGGCAGAGGUAGGAGGAUCUCUGUGAGUUAUAGGCCAGCCUGGUCUACAGGGUGAGUUCUAGGACAGCCAAAGCUGUCUCAACAAAUAAACAAAACAACAGCAAAAAAAGGUAUAAACAAAACCUGUUACUAGUUUUAUGCUAAGCAUUAGAAUCAUGAGCUCUCUCUCAGUUUGAAGUCAAUGAUUAUGGGCUGGGAAGAAUGGCCAAGUAGUUAAAGCACUCGGCUGCUCUUACAGAUGACCCAGGUUUGGUUCCUAACACUCACAUGGUGGUGAUUACCGUGUUCAAAGUGAGGAUCUUGAGACAAGAAAGGCAGGAGCAGUAGCUGAAGGCCUGCUUGCUCAGGUGCUCCCUCAGACAUGUAAAGUGGUUCAUGCACCACUAUUAACAAGGCGCCUACUUCACUGAACACUGAGAGGUGCUGAGAAAGCAGGCAUCAUGCUCACAACCACCAGCAUACAGUGGCUGUCAGGGCCUCCAGGUGUCAGUUGCUAAAUUUACACUUACCUUGCCAUCCCAGCACAUUUCUUGAAAAUUCCACCACUGCUAGCUGCAUUCCUAAGCACACACC